AUGGCUCCACCACAACCCAUCGCAGACGAUCUUAAUAUUUCACGUGUUUCCGUCAAACCUCCCCCAUUUUGGAAGGUCAACCCUACUUUGUGGUUUGCACAACUAGAGGCCCAGUUUGAUAUCGCCGGAAUCACUGUUGACUCCACGAAAUUCAAUCAUGUGAUAUCUGCAAUCGAAUCUGAUAUUCUCAAUAGCGUUUGUGAUAUCGUUUUACACCCACCUGUGACUGGCAAAUAUGAUACACUAAAAACACGCUUAAUUGAAUUGCAUUCUGAAAGUGAGGAGUCAAAGAUACGUACACUUCUUCAAGGGCUAGAACUUGGCGAUCAACGCCCAUCACAAUUACUUUGCCGUAUGCGAAACCUCGCUGGAGAGACCGUUGGAGAACCUUUGUUGAAAUCCCUAUGGAUAUCUCGUCUCCCGCAAAAUACACAAAGUAUUCUUGCUGCCUUAAGUGAUGAUCUUCCAAAACUAGCAGUUGUAGCUGAUAAAAUUACAGAUCUCACAACUCUCCCGCACAUAAAUAGUGCUGCUACGGCAUCUACCUCUCCCAUUGAACAGCAAGUUGCAGAGCUGACAAAGCAGGUAAAUGAACUUUCGCUAGCCCUCAAAAACAGCCGUGAGCGUUCCUGUGAACGAAGAGACUAUUCCAAACGCAACAGUAGGCGUAAUAGAUCUAGUGGACGCUAUCGACAGUAUAAAGAACCGUGCAACAACAUCUGUUUCUGUUUCUACCAUACUAAUUUUGGUUCCAAGGCACGAAAAUGUGUUUCUCUCCGUGCAAUUUCCGGCAGUCGGAAAACUAGAUCGGCGAUCGCUUGCCGGCCAACGUUGCGACCGCCACAUCAAUCGAAUUCUUUUGGCCGAUUCAUCCUCAAAGCUGACUUUUUUAAUUGA